UCUUGGCGGUGCGCGCGCUCGCAGUCUCCGCCACCCACCAGCUCAGGCACCAGCAGCAGCGCCGCCGUCGCCGCCGCCCACCUUCUGUCGCCGCCACCACAGCCACUUGACUGUUUUCCUCUGGUGUCCUCGCCCUCUGUCGACUAUCAGGUGGGCCUUGAACCAGGAUGGCUGAGCCCCGCCAGGAGUUCACCGUGAUGGAGGAUCAUGCUCAGGGGGACUACACCCUGCUGCAAGACCACGAGGGCGAUGUGGAUCACAGCCUGAAAGAAUCUCCCCUGCAGACCCCGGCUGAUGAUGGAUCUGAGGAACCAGGCUCUGAAACCUCUGAUGCUAAGAGCACACCGACGGCAGAAGCUGAAGAAGCAGGCAUCGGAGACACCCCCAACCUGGAAGACCAAGCUGCUGGACAUGUGACCCAAGCUUCCGCAGAGACCCAGGUCUCAGAGCCCGAUGGGCCCGGCGAGGGGCCCCCAGCGGAAAGGCAUGAUGGGCCCCCCGAGUUCAUGUUCCACGUGGAAAUCAAAGCCAAUGUGCAGAAGGACCAGGGGCAUCCACAGGUGGAUUUGGAGGGGGCUGCACUUCCCGGGGCCCCAGGAGAGGAACGAGAGCCCCUGGGCCCCUCUGAGGGCGAGGACACAAAAAAGACUGACCUUCUAGAAGCAUCUGAAAAGCAGCCUGCAGCUGGUCUGCCGGGGAAGCCCGUCAGCCGGGUUCCUCAGCUCAAAGCUCGCAUGGUCAGUAAAGGCAAAGACGGCACUGGACCCGAUGACAAAAAAACUAAGACAUCCACACCUUCCUCCGCUAAAACCCUGAAAAAUAGGCCUUGCCUUAGCCCCAAACGCCCCACUCCUGGUAGCUCAGACCCUUUGAUCAAACCCUCCAGCCCUGCCGUGUGCCCAGAGCCAUCUUCCUCUCCUAAACGCGUCUCUUCUGUCACACCCCGAACUGGCGGUUCUGGAGCAAAGGAGAUGAAAGUCAAGGGGGCGGAUGGUAAACCUGGAAGCAAGAUCGCCACACCCCGGGGAGCCGCCCCUCCAGGCCAGAAAGGCCCGGCCAAUGCCACCCGGAUUCCAGCAAAAACCACGCCCUCCCCGAAGACCCCGCCGGGCUCUGGUGAAUCUGGGAAGUCUGGAGAUCGCAGUGGCUACAGCAGCCCCGGCUCCCCAGGCACCCCGGGCAGCCGCUCCCGCACGCCAUCCUUGCCAACCCCGCCCACCCGGGAGCCCAAGAAAGUGGCAGUGGUCCGCACUCCACCCAAGUCGCCGUCUGCAGCCAAGAGCCGCCUGCAGACUGCCCCCGGGCCCAUGCCAGACCUGAAGAACGUCAGGUCCAAGAUCGGCUCCACCGAAAACCUGAAACACCAGCCGGGAGGCGGGAAGGUGCAGAUAAUUAAUAAGAAGCUGGAUCUUAGCAACGUCCAGUCCAAGUGUGGCUCAAAGGAUAAUAUCAAACACGUGCCAGGAGGCGGCAGUGUGCAAAUAGUCUACAAACCAGUGGAUCUGAGCAAGGUGACCUCCAAGUGUGGCUCGUUAGGCAACAUCCACCAUAAGCCAGGAGGUGGCCAGGUGGAAGUAAAAUCUGAGAAGCUGGACUUCAAGGAUAGAGUCCAGUCGAAGAUCGGGUCCCUGGAUAACAUCACCCACGUCCCUGGCGGAGGGAAUAAGAAGAUCGAAACCCACAAGCUGACCUUCCGCGAGAACGCCAAAGCCAAGACGGACCACGGGGCGGAGAUUGUGUACAAGUCGCCCGUGGUGUCAGGGGACACGUCCCCCAGGCAUCUCAGCAAUGUCUCCUCUACCGGCAGCAUCGACAUGGUGGACUCCCCGCAGCUCGCCACGCUCGCCGACGAGGUGUCCGCCUCCCUGGCCAAGCAGGGUUUGUGAUCAGGGCCCCGGGGCGGUCAGUAAUCGUAGAGAGAGGAGAGUGAGAGUGUGGAAAAAAAAAAAGAAUAAUGAUCUGGCCCUUCGCCCUCUGCCCUCCCCCAGCUGCUCCUCACAGAUCGGUUAAUCGGUUAAUCACUUAACCUGCAUUGUCACUCAGCUCUGGCUUGGGACUUCCAAAUCAGUGACGGGAAUAAGAGCGGAUUUCAUCUUUCCAAAUUGAUGGGUGGGCCAGUCAUAAUAAAAUAUUUUUAAAAACAUUUAAAAAGAUGGCCACACCCAGAAUUUCCCUGGGCAAUUACUUUUUGAUUUUUUUUACCCCCCUCUGAGUGGAAGAGGGAGGGGGAGAGGCUCUGAAAGCUGCUUCUGGGGACUCAUGAGGGCCUAGGGACACCUCUCCUGGGGCCCGUCCUGGGUGGGGGGUUUCAGAGGUGGCAAGGGACUGGAAACUUGGUGCACUGGUGGAGCACAGGCACAGGGCGACCUUUGGAGCAGGAUGGGGUGGGGGCUUGCAGGGCCGGGAGAGGCUGCGGAGGGGACUGUGCCAGGGGGAGGGUGUGAGAGGAAGGGCACAGGGGAGGAGGUGGCUUGGUGUCUGCCAUGGUGGGCGUGCCACCCUCUGGAGGGCAGCCUGGAGGUGGAGGGCUCUGAGCCCCGCCCCCACGCCUUUGAAGGGACAGUGGGCCGGAGGGUGGCAUCCUGUGAAUGACUUCCUCCAAGACCACUGGCUCCAUGUCCCCAGUGGUGGCCUCUUCCUCCCUCCCUGCAGGAUGGGGGUCCUGAGCUGAGGGGCUCCCUCCGCCCCAGGAAGCCCUGUUUUAUUGAGUUCUGAAGGUUGGAACCACAGCCACGAUUCUGGCCACCUCACAGAUCUGGGACCUUAGGGCUAACCAGUUCUCUUUGUAAGGACUUGUGCCUCUUGGGGGACGUCCGCCUGUUCCCAGGCUUGGGCCUGUGGCAUCUCUGGAGUGUGCGGGGUCUGGGAGGGGGGUCCUGAGCCUCUCACCCCUCCCACGCCCACUGCAGCAGCCACCUGUCUGCCCUGCCUGUGUGUCUGCUGUGCGGAGCCCAGUCACUGCCUGUUCCCCUCAUUAUGUCACUGUCCCGAGUUCCCAGCCUCCCCCCCCACUUCAGUAAUGGACGUGGUUAGAUGGGGAGGCAUCUCCGCAUCGAGGGGGAAAGUCAAGGAGGGCGAGGUUUGGACACUGGGUGGGGGCCCUCAGUCUUCUGUUCGAAGCAUCCCGCUGGCACGUCCCUCACAGUGACCCUUGAUGACCUUACUCGGUUCCCUGCCCCCACCCCAGACGUGAGCCAGGGUGGGGUUCGCAAUGACUCGUUGACUUGGUGAGCCUUUCCUCCCAGAAGCCUGGCCCCCCUCCCGUGCUGAGCUAGCAGCGGGUCGGCUGCCCUGGAUGCCAGAGAUGGCGCUGGGACAGGUAGGCAAGGCCCUCAGGGCCAGGCCGGGCUUCCUCCAUCCCCACUUCUGCCUCAGCUUGUGACUGCCAGCCUCUGAGAGCCCGGCCGCUGCUCUACCCCCCAUGUAUAUAGUCAGCCCUCCACACCCCAAAAAGGGAAACGUGCCCCCUCGGAAAUGGUUCUUUCCCAUCCCAGCUGGAAGUGAUGCUGUCUGUCCUGCUGGAGCAGCUGAACAUUCACAUAGAUGUCACCCCUCCCUCCCGGUCUGCACCCUGUCGCGUCGUAGUCGGAUUUGUCUGUCUGUGCUUGGAUUCACCAGAGUGACUAUGGUAGUGAAAAGGGGAAAAAAAAAAAAAAAAAAAAAGGACGCAUGUAUCUUGAAAUGCUUGUAAAGAGGUUUCUAACCCACCCUCAAGGGAGUUCUAGAUGUCUCUCCCCCUCCAGCUGGGACUCGGAUCCAGAAGGCCAGUGUGGCUCUGCCCUGCAUCGAAAGACUUUUUGUCAGCCUCUGGGACCCAACAGUCCAGAGUCUGACGAGUAAGAACCCUCGGCUGCGAAGGCCCGAAGCACAGGACAAGGACGGACGCUCUGCUGCCUCCUCCCCACCCCCAGGGCUCCCCUUCAUCAGGCAGAGGGCAGUUUGCAGCAUGAAGAUGCCUCUCUGAUCACAGCCUGGAGGCCCCCAGCAGCCAGGAGAGGGUCUUAGAACUCCCCGUGUCACGAGUGCCACCUCAGCCUGGGGUCCCGCUCCAAGCUCUCCCUCAGGAAGGAUGGCCAGGCCUCCUCACCCAGGGCCCUGCGGCCACAGCGGGGGUUGGGAUGGACUGCCUGCCCUGGACUCAUCUCAGUGGCCUGAGCUGCCUGAGCGAGGAAGGGUGAUGAGUCCGGAGACACCGUUUCCAAAGCCUUGGCCAGAGCUCCUGCUGACCUUGCACCAGACUCAUCUCCUCCCAGGGGGACGGGAAGCAGCCUCUGGCAGUUUAGAAAUUCGCUGUUUAAAGAAAAUCAGCAACCUCGGGCAGUUCUGCUGCUUCUGGUUCGGGUACAGUUAAAGGCAGCCCUAUGGGGCUGGAUGGUUCAUUUGCAGCCAUAACUCUCUAUGCAAGGGAUCAUCUGGGCCCAGAAUAUCCCACAGGCUUUCCUCUGUCCUGAGUCCCAGCUGGUCUUGGAAGGGUUCUGAGGAAGCAGAAGGAAAUGUAGUGCAAAGACUUGGUAGCUGUUAGCCAUCCAGCCUCACUACUGCUGCCGAUUCUGGCUGCAUUUCUUCUUGCACCUCUUCCUGCGGCUUCUAUGCCCUGCCUUGUGGUACCUUGUUUCCGGGACCUUCCUCAGAGGGCUGGUGGAUGGGCUGCUGGUCAUCAGUCUAAACAUCAGGGUUUAGGGUGAUCAGUUCGAAGCUGGCAGGGAGUUGGCAAAGGGAUGCUGGCUUGUAACCUUAAAUAAUGAGGACAAUCCCCCAGGGCCAGGCACUCCCCACCCCCAUUUCCUCCAGUGUCCCUUGGGUGGGGUACAUAGGAUAUGCUGUACGCCUGGUUCCUUCAAGCUCUCCACAUACUUUAUCAAUAGUUCCAUUUAAAUUGACUUCAGUGGUGAGACUGUAUCCUGUUUGCUUGUUGUGCUCUGGGGGGAGGGGGGUGGAACCUGUAAGAUAGUUACCGCUGGGCACAGGGGAGUGCAGCAGUUCAAGGCCUAGUAACCCUUUGCUUCAUGAUUUCAUGCUAGGGGUCCUUGGGAUUUCGCCUUUUCGCUGAUAGGUGCCAUACGCUGCCAGCUAGUUCCCGUCUCCCUGCCGGCCAGGUGCAGGCAGUGAGGCUGGUGGAGGAAUCUGGAGAUUCGGUCGCUCUGGCCUGCUGCCCUUUCUUUGGCAGAGUCCCAAGCACUCAACCGUGCCUCCCAAAGAUGCCGGCAUCCGGUCCUGAGCUAUUGGCCUCUCCAUGUCACCUUUCUCACCAGCUCUGGACAGCAGCCUGUCCUUCUUGUAGCUGCUGAGAUCUCUUCCCCCUUUUAUCUUUGUUCCCUAAGGAAAGCAGAGGUGGGGAUGAGGGCAGAGAGGGGAGGACAUCAGCUUGUCCCAUCUACAGCUCUGUGGCUCCAAGAGACUUCUGCUUUCUCUUUAGCUUUGAAAAGGGUUAUUACCCUGGGCACGGACUGAGUCUCACCUCCCAACGGACUUAGCCCUGUGAAUUUGCAGUGUUGGGCAGGACAAUUUCUGGCACUUGCAAGUCCCAUGAUUUCUUUGGUAAUACUGAGGGUGGGGGGAGGGACAUGAAACCAUCUUAGCUUAGCUUCCUGUCUGUGAAUGUCCAUAUGGUGUGCUGUGUGUUUUAACAAAUGAUUUACACUUACUGUUACUGUAAAAGUGAAUUUGGAAAUAAAGUUAUUACUCUGAUUAAAUAA